AUGGGCUACUAUUGGCCGACUAUGGUCAAGGAUUGCAUGGAUUAUGUGAAGAAAUGUCAAGCAUGUCAAUUCCAUGCCAACUUUAUACAUCAGCCGCUGGAGCCGCUACAUCCUACAAUUGCUUCAUGGCCAUUUGAUGCGUGGGGUCUUGAUGUGGUGGGACCAAUAGCACCCAAAUCUUCUGAUGGUCAUUCUUACAUGCUUGCACCCACAGACUACUUUUCAAAAUGGGCAGAAGCUGUACCUUUAAAGGAAGUGAAGAAAGAAAACGUAGUGAACUUUAUCAAAGUGAAUAUCGUUCAUCGGUAUGGUGUGCCGCGCUGCAUCAUCACAGAUAAUGGAAAGCCAUUCUUGAACCGGUUGAUGGAUAAAUUGUGUGAAGACUUCGGUUUCAACGCAACUCUUCAAUGUACAAUGCCCCAGCCAACGAAAGUUGUUGGAAGAACCAAGAAAGAUUGGCAUGAAAGGAUAAAUGAAGCAUUGUGGGCUUAUCGGACGACAUACCGGACGCCUACUCAAGCUACACCAUACUCACUCGUGUAUGGCGUGGAAGCAAUCUUGCCUCUAGAAAGUCAAAUUCCAUCAUUGAGGAUGGCCGUACAAGAGGGAUUGACUGAUGAAGAGAAUGCAAAGCUACGUCUCCAAGAGUUAGAAGCACUAGACGAAAAGAGACUCGAAGCGCAACAACGCUUAGAGUGUUAUCAAGCUCGGCUUUCGAAUGCUUUUAACAAGAAGGUUCGCCCCAGGUCUUUUCAAGUAGGAGAUCUUGUCCUCGCAUUACGUAGACCUAUCAUCACAACACACAAAACCGGAAGCAAGUUUACUUCGAAAUGGGAUGGGCCUUACGUAGUUCAAGAAGUGUACACAAGUGGUGCUUACAAGAUUGUAGCUGAGAACGGUUUAAGAGUCGGUCCUAUCAACGGAAAGUUCUUGAAACGAUACUACGCAUGA